GCGGAAGUCACGCGGGGAGGCGUCCGGAAGUUCCGCUGGGGGCGUAAUGUCGGCGCGCAAAGCGCUGCGGAUCGCUGCGCGCCGCGCUCUCAAUGCCCGCCCCAUCCCAGCGGCCCCGCAGCGGAUUGGCCAAUGGCGGGUCAGCCAGGGAUUGGCCCCCGGCAGUUCGGGCUACGGGCCGCUCCGAGACCGCCCUGAUUGGUCGUUUGUGGAUGGCCGCCCGGCUCCCCUGUGGGCGGGGCAGCUGCGCCGUCGCCAUGACAACGAGGAAUUGGCCCGCCGCGCCGUCGCUCUCAUCCAAUCCAUGGACGCCGCCCGGGACAAGAGGCGGGGCUUAACCCCCCAGCCCCGCCCCUCGCUCCGCCCCAAAGGCCCCGCCCUUCGCCUUGGACCCAAUGAAAGCCAACGAUGAACGGCGUGCGGAUAAUUUCCGGCCAUCUUUAAUGACCCCAUUAAUUAAUUAAAGUACUAAUUAGUGUCAUCGAACCCUCCCUCCCGCAGGGGGGCGUGGCCCGGACGCCCCUCCCCCUCCCUUUAGCCCCGCCCCGC